CCGGACAGGGCUCCUUUCCCAUUUUUAAGACUGCCGAAAGGCGAAAUCUGUUUCCCAUUAUCUCACUCUCCAUUCCUUCCUCAAUUCCUUACCCAUUACUUAAUCCUUAUUCAAGAGCACAUUUUCAGGAGAAAGUUAGGUAGGACUGUGCAUUUCAGCUGCAAAACAGUGUUAAGAUCUAAUCAGGAGUAUCCAUAUAUUGGAAAUGACUACAUCUGAGCAAGAUUCUUAUGUUGUUCAGUGGAGUAUGCAACUGUUUGAUUGCGAUCCGUAUGCUAAUUAUCAUGGACAGUAUUUCAAGGAGGAUCAUUAUGAUACAGAAUGCUGCAAUGUGGAAAAUGAUGAGCUUAUUGCACAUGCUCUUCAACAGGAGCUGUCACAACUUUCAGUUGUUGAAGAACAGGGAUCUCCAAAUGAAGGGCAAGUGUCUGGUUACCAACAGGAUUGGGUUUGUCAAUCUAUAGGAAAUUAUGGUUCUGGUCAGGAUUGUGGCCAGGAGGAGCAAGAUGAUGUUGGACCUUCCAGUUCAUGUUCUAGCCCUGAGGAAAACUUGUACUACAAGGAGGAUUUGCUGUUUUCGCUGGAUCUGACAGAUGAGUCCAGUAAGCGGAAACUAUCCCCAUUCUUCAAUGCUUUCUUUCUCAUUGCUGUCACUGCUUUCACACUCCUCCCUCUACCCCUGUAUCCUUUCAUUCAUUGUGUCUUUCUCUCUCUGAGCUUUCUGGGUUUCUGGUGUUCACAAUUCACAAAGAGGUAAGCUUUUUCUUUGAAACCGAGCUCUGCAUUUUCAACGGUCACUUUGUGUGGGUGUGGAGAUGCUUCCUCUGUUCUUGUUGGCUCUUGUCAUCUGCAACUUCCUUGGUUUAGUGGGUUCCUUGAAUGAUGAAGGGUAUGCUCUGUUGUCAUUUAAGCAGUCCAUUUACCAGGACCCAGAAGGGUCUUUGAGUAACUGGAACUUCUCAGAUGACAACCCUUGUUCAUGGAAUGGGAUUACAUGCAAGGAUCAAAGAGUUAUUUCUGUUAGCAUUCCAAAGAAGAAGCUAUAUGGUUUUCUUCCUUCGGCUUUGGGUUCUCUCUCUGAUCUUCGACAUGUAAAUUUGAGGAACAACAGGUUUUUUGGUAGCUUGCCUGCUGAGCUUAUUAGAGGUCAGGGGUUACAGAGUUUGGUCCUUUAUGGGAAUUCCUUUUCUGGGUCUUUGCCGGAUGAAAUAGGGAAGCUGAAAUACCUUCAAAUCUUAGAUUUGUCGGAGAAUUUCUUCAAUGGGUCGUUGUCUGCAUCAAUUACUCAAUGUAAGAGGCUAAAAACCCUUGAUCUUAGCCAGAACAAUUUCACUGGUCCUCUGCCUGAUGGAUUUGGGGUUGGUUUGCUUUCUCUUGAAAGACUUGAUCUUUCAUUCAAUACUUUCAAUGGUUCAAUUCCUAGUGAUAUGGGAAAUUUGUCUAAUCUGCAAGGAACUGUGGAUUUAUCUCAUAAUCUCUUCAGUGGUUCAAUCCCACCUAGCCUAGGGAAUCUUCCAGAAAAGGUGUAUAUUGAUCUCACUUAUAACAACUUGAGCGGGCCAAUACCUCAGAAUGGUGCUCUGAUGAAUAGAGGACCAACUGCAUUUUUAGGGAAUCCUGGGCUCUGUGGACC